UGAAAGACGCGUCCUGCUGCAGUGUUGCAGCUGGCUUCUUGUCUGUUGAAAAGUGAAAGUGCGGAGUGUUUUGUUUUGGAGUCAGACAUGGCAACAGCGAGUUGGCUUGGUUUGAGACUGUUGCCUCGGCUCGGUUCCCAGCAGUGCCAGGGAAUCGGGCUUCUUCAUACCGGGCUGUCAGUGGGACUCAGCGCGCCUGGGUCGCGGAAAAAGGGAAUGGAACCGGGGGCAAGAGUCCGAACCCAGAGCCGCCGAACUUCACCGAGCUCGACAAUGCUGCUGCUAUGGUUACAUAUUUCAUUAUUAUCAUUGUUUUAUGAAAUACUAUGUUUACUUCACAUAAAAACAACAUUAAAAUUACAUUUAAAUGCUGGCAAAAUCGAGCUGUGGUAUCCUUGGAUCUCCAGAGCAGUGGGGGAACAACUAUAUGCCCAAAGCGUUAGUAAUGCCAAUCCUCUCUAUGAAUCCACUCUGGUUCUGUUCUGUUUCUGGUUAGGGUUCCUGUCCUGCUUUCGAAAUGGUUUGCUGGCCACAGGGAUUGGGGUGAUCUCCUACGUUCAGAGUAAUGUGGGGUGUGAGGCUGCUUACGGUUUCUUCAUCCUGGGCGGAAUGUGUGGGUCGUUUGGAAGUACCUCCUACAUUGGGAACCUGUUUGUCGUGCGCCACACCAUGCUGCUGUCCCUCCCUGCUGUGCUGCUCAACAGCCUGGUGGUGAGCCCCGCUGCCCUCUUCUGGCUGUGCGCGGUAGCGCUGUACAUUGGCAGGCUGCAGGUGGAGAUCAUGCAUAACAGGGAGGAGGGGUGCGAGGACUGCCGCAAGGAUGAAGAAGACAGAGGCAAGAAGGGCAAAUAAAACACACCACCGCCAACAACACUGCAGGAUUAUUUUAAUGAUCUAAACAGCGGUGGGUCUAAAUAACAGCACUCUUAAAACUCUGCCUUCAGGGUUUGGGGGAAAAAUAAAUUUGUCAGGUCGUGAAAGGGAACGUGUACUGGGCUUUGAAAGUUGAAGGAAAUUGAAAAAUAUACAUAUAUGGAGUUGAUACCAUACCACGCCUACUACUGCAGAAAAUUAAGUGUCACAUCGAUCAAGAAUAAAACCCGCCCCAGUGUCAAUCUUUCUGUUGCACCAAUUAGAAAAGCUACUUGGAGGCAAUUGCCAGCCCCCUUUCUUUUUAUAAUACCCGCCCUUACUGUGGCAGCGCAGCAGGCAGAUAUGCGACUAACUGACUGUAUAUGGUGAUAAAUUACUAAAAUUAUUACACCAGAAAAUAUGCAUUGGGUGAGAUUUGACACGUGACCGAUUAUACGCCUAACGUUCAACAUACAUUGAUCAGAUACACUGCUGAUCAAUCACAAACUUCACACACUCACAGAUCAUAAACUGAAGUAAUGAGGCACUAACUGAAAUGAUUGUUUUGGCUUAAGGCUUAAUUUAAUGCACUGGUUUUGCAUUUUCCUAAAACACAUUUUCCCAUUAGAACUGGGCCCUUGGUUUCUUAUAAGUUUCAGUGCUGAUGGCACAGCUACACUUUUAUUUAAUUUUACAGACUUACAUGACAAUCCUUCACAUGUAUGUAUUUGGGACCUUUUCUUGGGUUGCGUAAAUAUGUUGGAGUGGGGGUUUGCUUUUUCACUUGGUAUAAGAAAAAAUAGACUGGGUUACUGUUAUCACUUAUAUUUGUGAGAAAGCUCACAAGUUUGGUUUUGCGUUGUUACUGUAUGUGUAGAUUGUCUUUGAUAGUAUGAGACUUCCUCUGUGAACCGUCUUUAGUUAUGAGACCUGGAUGUACACAUUUUGUCUGGGAAACAAAAUAUAUAUAUAUAUAUAUAUAUAUAUAUAUAUGCUGUAUAUGUGUUUCAUUUUUUUCCACAAAGUUGUGUAUGCCUGUUCCCUCAGCUUUAGGUUUGAAUCAAGCUCAACGCCUGACUGCUUUGUUAACCGUGUGGUGCCUGUGUGCAUUGAAUGGAGUUAUUUUUAGAGUGGUUCACAGCGUUCUGCUUCGUUCUGAUUGCUAUGCCUUUCUGGGUGUAACGACUCAACCAU